AUGGAUCAGAUGACACUGAUCUCUCCCACUUUAGAUUUCACCAAAUCUUUAGAGGGAGGCAGUGUGGAAGUUUCCAAAAGCCAUUUGUCCUUUUCUGAGGAAAUAAAGACUGAUCCAUCUCUCGAGAUGCAUUUGGAGGCUCUAAAGACCACAAACAAGCAGCAGCUGGAGAAUUUAGAGCUUCAGCACCAGAUGGGCUUGGAGAAGAGGGUUCUGCAGAACUCGCUGCUCUCCACAAGCACUGAAUGGAUACUAAAAACCAACUUACUACAGGAGUGCAUCAGUAACCAUCCUGGCCGAGACGCUGAGAAACAUCGAAGCUCGAAGUUGAUUCUUCAGAAUUUUACCUCAAAUGGGAUCAAGUCUUCAAGUAUUGUAACCAGUUCUAAGGGAAUGGUGAGAGAGAAGCAGAAGAAGCCUCUACCACAAGAAACGAAGGCAGCCAAAGAGGAGGCAGACCUGACGGAGUGUCAGAAACAGUUCUGCGUCAUCCCCAUCCCUGAGCACAUCUCAGAACCUCUUUAUGAUGACCUCAUCCGUGAACAAGAACGCUUGAGGAAAGAAGGUCGCGAGCAGAGGAAAGAUUUCCUCUUGACCAUGCAGAAGCCCUUCAGGUUCCACAAGAGGGAGGAGAAAAAGCGAGAGAGGCUGAAGGAGAUGGCCUCUUCCAAUCAAAGUGAAAAAACAAAACCUGUUAUUGUGAGGAAACCUAUACCGCAAGCAGUGUCAGACCCCAGGUUCUCUGAACAGUUGAAAGAACAGGAGCUGCAACGGAAGAUUCGUAUUCAGAAGAGAGCUCAGGAGACUCUGAAAGCUUCCUCAGCUCCCAUUCUAAGGCAGGAACUCAGUGCAGAUAGCCAGUCCCGCAUUGCUCAAAAGACCAAAAGCAAGAUGCUGAGUUACUUGGAGCAGAAUCCAUCCUUCAGACCGAAGACUAACACUGCAGUACCUGACUUUGAUAAGCUGUACCAGGCCUUUCAACAAAAGGCAAUGGAGAAAGCACAUAGGAGAGAUGUCACUCACUGUAAGCCAUUUCAGCUGCGCACAUCAGCAUUACAGCCACGCCACAGGAGCCCAGAAAACUCACUGAAAUCAGACACAACAAGUUUAAAGAGGAGCAGUUCAUUUGGAGGCUUGACAUCACUGUCUCUGGAUACUCUUCCAACCUAUAUAACAGAUGCUGCCAGGAAAAGAUCUAUGGCUGUAAGAAGAUCUCUAGAGCUAAAGGACCUCAAGGAGCAGGAAAAUACUGAGUGGAUGAGACAACACAUAAUUAAAUCUCAAGCUAUGAGCAGGGCAGUAGCAAUGCGAGCCAAGGCAAUGGACCCCCAUAAGAGUCUGAAAGAGGUCUACCAGGAGAAACUCAAACAGCACCGGCAAGCUGAUCUAGAGAGGGUAAAAUAUUAUCAAAAAGAACUUAAAGAAAUAAGAACUCGAGUGACAGCCCGUCCGUACCUCUUUGAGCAGGUGUCCCAGAAAAAUGCCAAAAAUAAUGCAGAACGCAGAUACAGGACUACUUUGGAACAAGCAGGUUUGGAUGAAAAUUUUGUGAGAUCAAAGGGAGAAACUGAUAAGCUCAUCCAUGGAUCAAAAAGCGUGGCUGAUGAAUCUGAAGAUGAGGAGCAUAACAGCAAUGAGAGUGAUUGAUGAAGAAGUGGGGAAGAUAUGUAAGGAAAGAUGAGAAAAAAGAGGGGAAUGUGGAAACCAAAGAGGAAGAGUUGUGCUGACAAAAGACAUGUUUGAUGAGCUGUUGUAUUCCAAAAUCCACAUGUGCAAGGAAGAACAUCAAAGCACUGGCAGACUGUUCCUCAAAUCAUUUCAGUGUUUGAAACAUUGUGUGUUGUGUUAUACUUAUUUUGAUCAGUUGAUUAGUUCACUAUUACUAUUGCUCAAAACCGCUUACCCAAUGAAAGAAAUUCUCUCUUAGCUAAUACUGUUAUUUAUACAGGGGACCUUUUAACCUGGUACAUUAUAAAAAUAUGAAUUUGACACAUUGACAUUUUAGCUUUUGUAAAAAUGUACUAAUUCCAUGUAUUCCAGCAAUAAAUGUCUUAAAAGUUGUAUGUAUAUAUAUAUAUAUAUAUAUAUAUAUAUAUAUAUAUAUGUAUAUAUAUACAUUUACAAUGUGUAUAUAUAUAUCCAUAUAACUUAAAAGGCUAAGUAGUAGCCAGGUGCUGCUAAUCAAAUGCCCUUGAUUAAUUGAUCAUCAGCAAGUGUGACCACCUCUAUAAAAGCUGAAGUUUUAGGAAUUUGCUGGUCUGGAGCAUUCAGGUGUGUGUUAACACAAUGCCAAGAAGGAAAGACAUCAGCAAUGAUCUUAGAGAAGAAAUUGUUGCUGCCCAACAGCCAUUUCCAAACAAUUUAAUGCAAGAAAGAUUAUUUACAAGUGGAAAACAUUCAAGACAGGAGGAAGAUCGGCAAAUCUAUAACAGAAUGGCUUAAACAGAAAAGCAUCAAUGUGUUGCAAUGGCCCAGUCAAUGUCCAGACCUGAUUGCAAUGCUGUGGGGGGACCAUAAGAGAGCUGUGCAUAAACAAAUGCCCGUAAACCUCAAUGAACUGAAGCAAUGUUGUAAAGAAGAGGGAGCCAAAAUCCCUCCACAACGAUGUGAGAGACUGAUAAAAUCAUACAGAAAAUGAUUACUUGAAGUUAUUGCUGCAAAAAGUGGUUCAACAAGCUAAUGAAUCACAAGGUGUGCUUAAUUUUUCACACAUGGCUUCUCCAUUUUGGCUUUAUUCUUGUUAAAUAAAGCAUG